AAGAAUCAGUUCUAUUGCUUGGACUCCAGCAAUGAUCCAGAGUAUCCACAGUACUUACAGUGGCAAGGUGUUUCGCGUGACCUUCUUGACUUUGGCUGUGUCCCUAAUUAUUCCCCUGCUUGGAGCAAUUGUUCUGCUGGAUUGUCCUAUAGACCCUCAGCCUAUAAGUUUGAAAGAACCUCCCAUUCUGACGGGUGUGCUAGAGCCCAAUAUCGAGUUACGAAAAGCCGAGCGAUUAUGGGAAGGUCAGCUUGUUGGACCAGAAUCCAUUGUCAAUAUUGAUGAUGUGCUAUUUACUGGGACAGCUGAUGGAAAGAUUUUAAAAAUUGAAGAUGGGGAAAUACAGACCAUAGCCAGAAUUGGCCAUGGUCCCUGUGGAACCCGGGAAGAUGAGCCAACUUGUGGAAGACCACUUGGCAUCAGAGUGGGGCCAAAUAACACCCUUUUUGUGGCAGAUGCUUAUUAUGGACUGUAUGAAAUUAAUCCUGACACAGGUGAAACAAAAAUGCUUGUCUCAACCAAAACACUAAUUGAAGGUCAGAAGUUGUCUUUUGUGAAUGACCUUACAGUGACCCAGGACGGGAGGAAAAUCUACUUUACUGACUCCAGCAGUAAAUGGCAAAGGCGGGACUACUUAUUCUUGAUUAUGGAAGGCACAGAUGAUGGACGCCUGCUCGAAUAUGACACAGUAACGAAAGAAGUGAAAGUUUUAAUGGUGGGGCUGCAGUUUCCCAACGGAGUCCAGCUCUCUCCAGCGGAAGAUUUUGUCCUGGUGCAGGAAACAACCAUGGCUAGAAUCAGGAGGUAUUAUGUAUCUGGGCUGAUGAAAGGCGGAGCAGACAUGUUUGUUGAGAACAUGCCUGGUUUUCCAGAUAAUAUCAGAUUAAGCAGCUCUGGAGGAUAUUGGGUAGCUAUGUCAGCUAUCCGACCCAAUCCUGGAUUUUCUGUGUUGGAUUUCUUGUCUGAAAAACCAUGGAUUAAAAGGAUAAUAUUUAAGCUGCUGAGUCAGGAAACUGUGACUAAGUUUGUGCCCAAGUAUAGCCUUGUUGUUGAACUUAGUGAGACAGGAUCCUACAGAAGAAGCUUCCAUGAUCCCAACGGAGUGACGGUACCUUACGUUAGCGAGGCACAUGAACACAAGGGAUAUCUCUACCUGGGCUCCUUCUGGUCUCCGUUUAUUUGUAGACUUAAUCUUCAGCAUGUUUAAUUGUCCAGCUAUGACGAAGUGCCACAGUCCUUUAAUACUGCAGAGGUAUGAAGGAAGCUUGUGCUUGAGACAAUGUAUGGCCAAGGAGGAAAAAGAAGACGAUCAGUUAAUAUAUGCAGUAGGACUGUUCUGUUGCCAUGGCAAAACAUGAACAGCUCGCUGUUAUCUGUAAUCUUCCUUGGUUUGGUUUGGCUGCUCCUGCUUUGGAAUUGGCAUGCCUAAUAUUAAUGCCUGAGAAGUAUGUUGAGGAUCUUCAUAUGGUUAAAUGCUCCUUAAUUUAAAGCCUCCCCCAGUCCUGUUUGGAGCUAUCUUAAACAGACAUCAUAAGUCACCUUUAAUGCAACUGUGUAUCUUCUUACACUGGAAAGAUCAUUGGAUUAAUGAUGUAUCAUUUGGAUUGAGGAGAUGUUUUGCAUUUGUUUCUUUCUGUUUUAGAACCUACUCUGUAGGAGUGAUUACAGUGCAUGUUCUAAUGUCAUACUGUGGUGCUGUGGUAGAGGCAGCAACAUCCAGAACAUGGCUAGAAAUCUAGUUGUACCACCUGAGUUUCUUCAAUCCCAGCCUGUGUAAUCAACAUCUGAAACUACACUUGACUGUUAAUCAAUGUGCAAAAUCUAAUUUGAUCAUUGUCUGUGGA